CGUCCCUCGUAGUCAAAAGCCGACGAAAGCCCGUGGUACACCGGAGUAGAUCUGAUCACAGAUUCGUUUCUCCUGUCAAUUACCAUUCGGCUGAUUGGUUAAUUUGAUUUUGUUUCCUAACCCAAUUUUUCUGACUGGCCUUUGGCAUGUGUUUGUGUUAAAUAAACGGUUAAAUAUGAAGAAAUAGAAAAUCUUUUAUUUGUGAAACGCUUCAAGCUAAAAUACAAUAGGACAUUGGUUUUAAAUAAUUUAUAUUUUUCUCUUAUUUUAUUUAAUAGUUCAAAAUGCUUGGUUAUACAAGGAAUUGUAGAAAAGCAUUUCAUACGCUUCAUCGAUAUUACUCAAACAGAAAUAUUUUGAAAUUAAAAGAAAGAGGCAUGUUUCAAGAUAUAUUUCCUGAGGCAGCAGCGAAUACUGUAACUGACCUGAUGAACAGUUCACCCAAAACAGUGUAUGGUGGAUUUGAUCCAACAGCAGAUAGUUUACAUGUUGGAAACUUGUUAGUUCUAGUCAAUUUACUACACUGGCAAAGAGGUGGUCAUAAAGCAAUAGCUUUGGUUGGAGGGGCAACUGCCAAAAUUGGGGACCCAAGUGGUAAGAAUACAGAGAGGGAAGAAAUGGCAACAAAUAUCAUUGACUGUAACAUAGAAGGUUUAUAUUCAAAUAUUAAGCAAAUCUUUGAAAACCAUGAAAAGUACAUAUGGAAGGACAAGGAUAAGCUCAAGAGUGUGAAAAUAGUCAAUAAUGAUGAGUGGUACAGUCAAAUAAAAGCUGUGGAUCUAAUAGGAGGUAUUGGUAGACAUUUAAGAAUGGGGACACUCCUUUCUAGAACUAGUGUUCAAAGCAGAUUGCAGUCACCUACAGGGAUGAGUUACACAGAGUUUAGUUAUCAGCUGUUUCAAGCAUAUGACUGGUUACAUUUAUACAGAGCACAUAAUUGCAUUUUCCAAGUGAGUUAUUUAAAAAUUAUAGUUAUUUUUACUUUCAGCAUAAUAUGUUUAUUUAUUAUCGACCCAGUAAGAGAAUGCAAGGCAAAGUAUGCGGGCGGGAAAUAGCGAUGUUGUCAUUGUGCAUUGAGCAGCAGUUUGGAAUAUAUCCAUUGAAAACAUUACUAAACACAUGUAAAUCAUUGACAGAUACUUAUGCAAUUAUUGCUCACUAUUUUCCCAAUUGUAUUCUUUUGUUGGGCAGGUUGGUGGUAAUGAUCAAAUGGGCAACAUAAUGUCAGGACAUGAACUGAUAAGCAGAGUUUGUGACAAGCCUGUUUAUGGCCUGACUGUCCCUUUAAUAACAUCUGAAAUGGGAAACAAAUUUGGCAAAACAGCAGGAAAUGCAGUAUGGCUAUCGCCUGAGAAGACGUCGCCUUUCACAUUCUAUCAAUUUUGGAUGCGGCAGCCAGAUUCUGAAGUAGAAAAACUCUUAAAAUUAUUUACUUUUGAUCCUAUGGGUGCUAUUUCUGAUCUCAUGAGACGUCAUAGAGAGGAACCAGAGCUCAGGAUUCCACAGAGGAGGUUAGCAGAACAGGUUACCCUUUUAGUUCACGGUGAAAAAGGGUUGAAGAUUGCUCAGCGCGCAAGUGACGCUUUGUACGAAGGUAGCGUUGAAGCUAUUGGACAAAUGAAAAGUAAUGAAAUGAUACACUUGUUCUCAGGAGCAACUGUUAUUGAAAUGCUUCCUGAAGCUGGUCAAACUAUACUAGAUAUAGCAAUGAAAGCAGGGUGCUUUGCUACAAAAAGUGAUGCAAUUAGAAUAAUUACAGCAGGUGGUUUUUACAUAAACCAACAAAGAACAAACAAUCCUAAUGAAGUUUUCAAUUUCAACAUACACAGAUUAUCAAAUAACAUUUCUUUAAUUAGAGUAGGCAAAAAGAACUAUUAUAUUAUAAAAUGGUCAUAGGAAAAUACAAUUUAGUUCCU